GCCGCUUCCUCCACCCCUUCAUUCCAAAGUCGCUCCCACGCCCUUUGAACUGCGUCCCCGAAGGAGGAACGCUCUCGAUCGAUACGGAGCAUGGCGGAGAACUGCUGGGGCCUCGAUCCGUGGACGUGCCGACCCCACGCUUGCAUCUCCGAGGCCGCCUUCGCCCGCGAGAACGACGCCCUCACCAAAGCCCUCCAGAUCUCCCUGUUCUCGGACGCCGCCGCCGCCUCCUCCUCCUCCUCCUCUGCCGUCCCCUCCCCGGACUCCAUCUCCCUCGCCACCUCCUCCUUCCUCCUCCCCUUCGCCCCCGAUCUGCCCCGCAGCCGGGACCCGCCCCCCGGGCGGAUCACCAAGAAGCGCAAGUCCCGGGCGACGAAGCGCUCGCUCACCACCUACAUCAACGCCGACCCCGCCAACUUCCGCCAGCUGGUCCAGCAGGUCACCGGCACACGGCCCGUCGACGGGGCGGGGCUCCCGGUGGAGCUGCCGCCCGCCGCAGCCGUGCAGGGGAGCUGCCUCCUUCCUACGCUGGACACGUCGGCGUUCUUUCUCGACCGAGUCGGCACCGUCGGGCCGGGUGGCGAUGGCCCGGUUCUUGCUGAGUUCGACUCGUUGCUCGCGGCACCGAGUUUUCCAACGCUCGACUCGUGGGGCGUCAUCUGAAGGGACCCACCGCAGUCGCUCCUCUUUACGAGGCGUCCGAUGGGCAUCGGACGGCGUCGGGCUGUAGUAUACAAUAGCUGUACAAUCGCCCCCUUUUUCUUUCGACCUGUAAUGGUAGCAGUUGGGAGUGUGUUUAUUUACGAGGCUAUGCCACUUUAGAGAAAGUAUUGUUGAGAUUUUCUCGAACAAUUUAAAUAAUUAUAUAUCUUACUUAAUUCUAGUGAAAAA